GGAGGCAGCAUAUCGAGCCAUCCCUGUGUGUGCAGACGAGCCGUGCGUAGUGCCGGCGUAUAAACUAACGACACAACUGACCGGGAGUCGAACGGUCCCUGUCCCGCACACAGCAAACCAGCCGGAGCGCCCGGAGACAUGAAAGUCAAACAAGGCUGCCACUCGCCAGACACGGCGGUCCCCGUCACAACAGAGGAAGAGCUGCUCAGACACACCGCCAUAACGCCCGACGAUGUGCUCGGCUUGCAGAAGAUCACCGAAAAUUACCUAUGUUCUCCAGAGCAAAACGUUCACAUGAUCGACUUCACCAGGUUCAAGAUUCGGGACAUGGAGACGGGCACAGUCCUAUUUGAGAUCACUAAACCUCCAGCACCAGGUGGCAGAAAGGACUGUGACCCCAAUGCUGGCCGUUUUGUCAGAUAUCAGUUCAGCCCAGCCUUCCUGCAACUGAGACAAGUUGGAGCCACAGUGGAGUUCACAGUGGGAGACACACCCAUCAACAACUUCCGCAUGAUUGAGAGGCACUAUUUCCGUGAACAAUUGCUGAAGAGCUUUGACUUUGAAUUUGGCUUCUGCAUGCCCAGCAGCAAGAACACAUGCGAGCACAUCUACGAGUUCCCUGCACUGUCUGAAGAAAUCAUGCGUGAGAUGAUCCUACAUCCUUAUGAGACGCAGUCCGACAGCUUCUACUUUGUAGACAACAAGCUGGUGAUGCACAACAAGGCAGACUACUCCUACAGUGGGGGGCCAUAG